AUGGGUGAAAGAUGGCGGACAGCAGCGGCAUUAAUCCUCAAUCGCCCGGUUUCACCGAGAAAUUAAAAUCGUGGCUGUGCUGGUCGUGGACGUACAUAUGCGCGCUCUGGUUCGCUAUGGUGUUGACGAUGGUGUACGCGCUUAGAAGUCCUCUGAAGUUACAGGAGACCGUGAACGCAGCAUCUGUAUUUUUAAACACUCUCACACCUAAAUUCUAUGUGGCACUCACCGGCACAUCCUCUCUCAUCUCUGGCCUUAUUUUGAUAUUCGAGUGGUGGUACUUUAGGAAGUACGGCACCUCAUUUAUCGAGCAGGUGUCUGUCAGUCACUUGCGUCCUCUGCUGGGAGGAGUGGAGAACAGCAGCUCUGCCGGCCUCUUCUCUUCUGUCAAUGGGGAUGCCGAACAAAGAUCCAACGUCGCAGAAUGUAAAGUUUGGAGGAAUCCCUUAAACUUAUUCAGAGGUGCAGAGUACAGCAGGUACACAUGGGUGACGGGGAAAGAGCCCCUGACGUACUACGACAUGAAUCUGUCAGCACAAGAUCACCAGACUUUCUUUUUGGGGGACACUCAACAGCUCAGACCAGAAGAUGCUGUAAUGCAGAAAGCCUGGAGAGAGAGAAAUCCACAGGCACGCAUUCGAGCAGCUUAUCAAGCCAUCGAACUAAACCGCGAAUGUGCCGCGGCAUACGUGCUCCUGGCUGAGGAGGAAGCCACAACCAUCGCAGAAGCCGAGCGACUAUUUAAACAAGCGCUUAAAAGUGGUAUGAACUUUCACAACUUCACACUCACAUACGAUGCCACCUUGUUGCUAAUGCACAAUUACGUUCCUGUUUUCACAGCUGGUAAAGAUACCAAUCUACUGGUCUACAUCAGAAGAAGACUCGCCAUGUGUGCCAGAAAACUGGGCCGCAUUAAAGAAGCUAUAAAGAUGAUGAGAGAUUUAAUGAAAGAAUUCCCAUUACUUGGAAUGUUAAAUAUUCACGAGAACCUUCUCGAAGCCUUAUUAGAACUGCAGGCAUACGCUGAUGUACAGGCAGUCCUCGCAAAAUAUGACGAUAUCAGCUUGCCAAAAUCGGCCACUAUAUGCUACACGUCCGCCUUACUGAAAGCAAGAGCCGUGUCAGAUAAAUUUUCACCCGAAACAGCCUCCAGACGAGGUCUCAGUACAGCAGAGAUGAACGCAGUGGAGGCCAUACACAGAGCUGUGGAGUUUAACCCACAUGUACCAAAGUAUUUAUUAGAGAUGAAGAGUCUGAUUUUGCCUCCGGAACAUAUAUUAAAGAGAGGAGACAGUGAAGCGGUGGCAUACGCGUUCUUUCACCUGCAGCACUGGAAGCGGGCAGAGGGGGCGCUCAAUCUCCUGCACUGCACCUGGGAGGGAACUUUCAGAAUUAUUCCAUACCCUCUGGAGAAGGGUCACCUCUUCUAUCCUUACCCAGGAUGCACAGAGACCGCAGACAGAGAACUUCUGCCUUCGUUUCACGAAGUCUCAGUGUAUCCGAAGAAAGAGCUUCCGUUCUUCAUUCUCUUCACAGCGGGCCUGUGCUCUUUCUGUGCCAUGCUGGCCAUGCUAACACACCAGUUUCCUGAACUCAUGGGGGUCUUUGUUAAAGCCUUCUUUAGCACUCUCUGUGCACCGCUGGGAUUUUUCGCCGAUAAGAUGGAAAGCUUCAUGCCCUCCUGCCUGUGGCAUCAACUAACAAACGUCUGACAAACACACCAACUCGCAUACAAACCAAACACUACUGUACAUGUCGCUCGAGAUGCCCCAAGCUAUUCUCACAAUAAAAACGAUUUGGCUCUUUGAUGUAAUUCUGUUUCGCUUUUUC